AUGAAAGUAGUUUACUUUUUACCCGUGCUCUUUGUUUCUGCAGAAAUACCCAAGUACGACGGACUUCCGUAUGACAACAAGGAAGAGAAAUUGAUAAACAAGCUUCUUGACAAGAAAAAGUACUCGCCUCUUGUUAGGCCAGUUAGAGAAGUUCAUGACGUUGUGAAUAUAAAUUUCACCCUGAUUUUAUCGCAGCUUAUUUCGCUUGAAGAAUAUGAACAAUUUAUGACCGCGAAAGUUUGGCUAGCUCAAAGCUGGUUUGACGAGCGACUGAAGUGGAACCCAGCUGAUCAUGGUGGAAUCGAAAAGGUUCAGCUUCCUGGAGACGAGAUCUGGCGACCUGAACUGGUUCUGUACAACAAUGCUGACGGCUCUUACGAGUCGACAUUUAUGGCAAUGGCGAUCGUUUAUUUCAACGGCUCUGUAGAAUGGACUCCACCGGCUGUGUUCCACUCUUCUUGUGGGAUUAGAGUCCGUCACUUUCCCUUUGACAUCCAGCUCUGUCCGAUGGAAUUUCAAUCGUGGGUAUUUUCAAAGAAAGAAGUGCAGAUUCAGCUGACUGUUUCAAAACAUGGUUCUUUGCAAGCUAUUCGAAAUGAUUUUACUGACUCCGGAGAGUGGGCAAUAAUCGGCCUUCCCGCUAGAAAAACAACUACUGAGAAUGACAAAAUGGACAAAGUAAGAUUCGACAUCGUCAUGAAGAGAAAACCGCUUUUCUACACAGUGAAUUUGAUUGUUCCUUGUAUUCUUAUUACAAGCUUGGCGAUCUUCGUUUUUGUCCUGCCAUCCGAGUCUGGUGAAAAAAUGUCACUCUGCAUUUCGGUUUUACUUGCUCUUACCGUCUUUUUGCUUCUGAUAUCAAAACUGAUUCCUCCAACGUCACUGGAUGUUCCGCUGAUAGGACGAUUCUUGAUCUUUACGAUGGUCCUGGUUACAUCAUCAAUUGUAGCUUCAGUAUGCGUUCUCAACAUCCACUACAGAAGUCCUCAAACUCAUGACAUGCCAAAGUGGCUUCGGCAUGUUUUUCUACAAGUCCUUCCAAAAUACAUCUUCUUUCGACGGAACUUAAACUUCAAAAUCGACGAAGCAAAUGUAGAUAACAAGAUGAGCUGGAAACAUUCAGAAGCAAAAGUCCCAUCUGAUAGCUCAACUGAAGAAUCAACUACAGAAGCACUUCAGGGUGAACGAAACAGUACGCUUGCUUCCCUUCAAGGCUCAAUAAGAGCUGCUCUGAUGGAAAUGAGCUUCAUCGGCGAUUGUAUCCGACAUCAUGAGGCGGCGAAAGCAGUAGCUACAGAAUGGCAGUAUGUAGCGAUGGUCCUAGAUAGGCUUUUACUUUGGAUAUUUCUCCUGGUGACUUUCUUUGGAACCAUUUUUAUAUUUCUCAGCCCUUUGAUUUAUCCAGACAUCGUCGUUUGCGAAGAAGGUGGAAAGCAGAAAGCUUCGUAUUUGGGAUACGCUGACUGUGCUCCUAUACUCGUCUUGGACGAAAUAUUGACCUGA